AUGCAGAACAACGUAAAUAAAAUUAAUAAAAUCAAUAAUCUAAUUUUUAGUGCCUACGCCAAAGUUAAAGAUAAAAUGCCACCACCAAAAGUGAGAGAAGUAAAUGUAAUUCCUAUUACUAAAGUUAAGAGGGAAGUGCUCAGUGAGGAUGAAGACGAAGACAUGGUGUCAUGCAGAAUGUGUAAUAAAACUUUUGUCUCAGAAAUAGCUUUACUUAACCAUGCAAGAGUAGAACAUUUAGAUGAAUAUAUGGCAGGGGAAGAACUAUGUGUCCGACCUAAUGUUAAACAGAAAAGAAAGUUCACAGAUAAAGAACAAGAACAGAUAAAAAUAAAAACGGAAGCUCUGAUAUCAUCUAUGGAACCGACCAACAUUAUGAGUCUAGCGUCGAAUGAUGUUAGCUAUAUAAUAAUAAAAGAUGGCCAACCUGAAGUGAAGAAGUGGAAAAAAGAUAAAUUGAAGAAUGACAACGAUAAAUCUGUGAAAAUAAUAAAAACAGUUGUCAAAAAGGAGCGAGAAGUGAAAGCUAUUAGUGGUCCCUUCGAAUGUCUGCAGCCAUCGCCCCACAACUCAGAAGGGCUAUGCCACCAGAUAUUCCUGUCCUGCUGCGAAUACUCUACCCAUUUCAGAGACGAACACACCAGGAGGCGGAAAGCAUUGAGAUGUCAGGUGUGCGAGAAGCCAUUGCUGGAGAACGACCAGCUCGCUCCUUACAGUUGUCAGGUCUGUGGUAUGGGUUUUGAGAACACAAAAGAUUUGACCGAACACAACCAAACUGCUCAUCUAAAACUGAAACCUUUUCAAUGCAACAUUUGUCAGAAACGCUUCACCCAACAGGGCGGAGUCCACCAACACAUGAGGAUGCAUACCGGAGACAGACCCUUCACAUGCACUUUCUGUCCGAAGGCCUUCACACAAAAAUCAGGACUCGAUCAGCAUCUGCGAAUACAUACAAAAGUCAAACCCUACAGGUGUAUUAUAUGUAAUAAAUCAUUCUGUCAGUCUGUACAUUUGCAACAGCAUAUGCGUACACAUACCAACGUGGCCCCGUUCCAAUGUGGUAUAUGUCAGAAGAGAUUCAAACAAUCGAGUCACUUGAAUUAUCACCUAAAAUACCACAAUCCUGCCAAUAUGACUGAGGAACAGAAGAAAAAAUAUGCCGAGUUAGUCCAACUAAUUGGUACUAAAGGGAUGCUGGAAGUUGAAAUUGACACCGUUCAGCCAGGUCUCUUCUUAGAACAGGUGGAAAGUGAUGAAGUGACGGAGUAUAUAGUUAGUGAUAACAAUUGGGAAAACACUCAAGCUCAG